AUGGGCUGUUUUGGACUGAGAAAAUUGGUUAGAAAGAAGCCACCACUCCAAAACAAUUAUUACCCAGCAGACACGGUCGUUCGCAGUUGGGCACCUGCUACUCCGCCAGCUCAAGAAGAGAAACCUAUUACAGAAGAGAUUCUCAAGGUGGUGGAUGAUUCACCGGGCAAAGAAAUAUUGACGCGCGAUGAAUCACUCUGGAACCGAGCAUAUAAGCAACUCGAUCGAGGCCUAGUGAAUAAAUUUGAGGAAUUAUUGGCAAAGCAAAGAGAGGAGAUCAAUGACCAUAGCCAGAAUGAGAUCAAUGAGAAGCGUGAGACAAACCGCCACGAAGACUUGGAUAUUAUCAUCAAAAACGGCCUGGAACACACACAAGACCAAAGGACUGGUAUUCAGGAAAGCUUUUCCGAGGCUGCAGACUGGAUUCUGUCCGUGAAAGUCUUUGUUCGUGAAGCUGUCAAGGCGUCGCCAGAAGCGCCCCUGGCAUGGGCUGGUGUCUGCAUUCUCCUGCCAUUGCUGACGAAUCCCCAUAGUGUCACGGAGGCUAACAAGAGUGGCUUCACUUAUGUGACUGGUCGCAUUCCCUAUUAUGUCGAACUCGAGCGGAUAUUGUGGUCAGCUUCUAGCCAAAACGCCGAUCAUCCUGCGCUGAACGAACAAUUCAAUGCCAACCUGGUCAAAUUGUAUCACCACAUCUUGCAGUUUCAGGUGACAAGUGUUUUGCGUUUCCAUGGCAGCUGGAAGCAAAAUUUUGUUGGUGAUAUCCUCGAGGCAGAAAAUUGGAGCGGAAUGGUAUCAUCGAUCAAACGUCUCGAAAGGAUUGUUCAGCAAUAUGCCGCAGUGAUCAGCAACGAGGUAUCCCGACAGCAUCUAAACCAGGUUGAAGAAAACACUCGUCACAAUUUUGAGUCGCUGCAAAAGCUUCUUCCACUGGCUCAGCGAUAUCUGGAAGUUGAUAUUCAGGGCCCUAAUAUCCAGCGUCAGCGGUAUGAGAAAGUAUUGUCAGAUGAUGAACGCCAAUGUAGGCAGCUCUUCUGUCUGGCUAGCAACGACAUGGAUACCUCCUAUGAAUCGUAUAAGAGCGGAGUCCCGGAUCGACUCGAGGGCACCGGCGAAUGGCUUUUGGAACAGCCUCAUCUUCACCAGUGGUUACAGGAUGAUAAAGGCCUGCUGAUUGUUUCAGCAGAUUCUGGAUGUGGCAAGUCCGUUCUGGCAAAGCAUCUCAUCGACAAUGUGUUGCCCCAAUCCAAUUCAUCGGCCACGGUAUGCUACUUUUUCUUCAAGGAUCAAGUUCAGAACACGCAGAAACAAGCCCUUUGCGCAUUGCUACACCAGCUUUUUACGAGCAACCCUGCGUUGAUCAAACUUGCAAUGAAGUCAUUCAGUGAUAAUGGAGAUAACCUGGUCAACGUGUUACCUGCGCUCUGGGAUAUCUUUGCUCGGGUAUUAGAGGACCCUCAUAUCGGACGGACUGUCUUCGUUUUAGACGCUCUAGACGAAUGCAAGGAAUCUGAAUUAACCGGCCUGACACAAAAGAUAAAAUCCAUUCAAGAUAAUGCUGAAACCAGUGCGAGAUUUCUCCUCACCAGCCGACCGUACGAUAAGAUCAUGUCGGAAUUCCAUGAGCUUAUUGAUCAAUCUCCUCAUAUUCACAUAGCGGGAGAGAAUGAAUCCGAAAAGAUUGGUCAAGAAGUGGACAUCGUCAUUAAACAUCGUCUUGGGCUACUGGCUCAAAACAAGGGUCUCAAUACAACCGUCCAAAGCCACUUGGAAGACCAACUACUGCAAAUGAACCACCGUACAUACCUCUGGAUCCACCUUGUUUUCGACUAUCUCGAAAGGCAUAGCUUCAGAAAAGUCAAAAAUGGCAUUGAUGACGUCUUCAUAUUAUCGGAUCAACUCCCCAAAAGCGUCAACGAUGCAUAUGCGAAGAUUCUCAAUAAAUCAGAGGAUAUAGACAUGGCACGAAAGGCCUUUGGCGUUGUGCUGGCAGCAAGGCGCCCUUUGACCCUGACAGAGAUGAACGUUGCUCUGCAUCUCGACCUCGAACGAGAUGAAUUGGAGCUUGAAUCAGACGAAAACUUUCAGAUCUCAUUGCGAAACUGGUGCGGUAUACUUCUGUCAGUAAACGACGAAAAGGUGUUUUUUCUGCAUCAAACAGCACGAGAGUUCCUGAUGCAGGACAGUGGCUUUGGUCUCAACAGCGAACUUGGCUCAAUCGAUAUGAAGGAAGCACAGCGUGCCCUUGCAGUCAGCUGCGUCACAUAUAUGAAUAAAUUCAUGCCACGGGUCGAUCAGACCCACUCAGGAGAUUCAACUUCAAUCAAUGUCAAUAGAGCCUUCUCAAAGUAUUCUGCCAAUAACUGGCAUUAUCAUGUCAAGGCCGCAAGACUGAAUGAUGACGAAAGACUGGAACCAUACCUUGCCAGAAUAUGUGAUCCGAAAUCCGAUGUCUAUGCCUCUUGGUCCGAAAUUACCUUAGUUGAGAAGCCGCCCGCCCAUAAACGUGACGAGUGCAAUACAUUGUGGAUGGCCGCCAACUUUGGCAUAACCUCGGUUCUCAAGAGGAUUCUUCAACAUGAGGAGUUUAAGACGUGGAGGAUCGUCGGCUUGGCCGCACGAUUGCAAACGCAGCUUUAUGUUCUGACAAAGUCGACGUCAACAGCUCCGGCGGUGACGAAAGGCUCUUGA